CACACACACACACACACACACACACACGGUAGUGCAGUCCACUCACAGUCCAGACAGAUACUUUGGGCUGUGUGUGUGCUCUGGUUAUAGCCUCAAGCUUUCCUGUAUGACUAUGAGCCUAACUGCCAUCAAUGAAGGACCACAAUACGAAACAGCACUGGGGAACUUCCACCGCUUGUCCACACCUUUUUCAAAGGUCAUCGACCUCUGAGGAAGGAUUAAUCCAGCUUCAUCUCUAUUUGUCAAUGACACUGAACUUUCAUGUUCCGCACGAGCGCUUUUAUCAAGUGAGGAGAUGGCGAAGGUGUACAGACUCUAUGCAGUGAUAGUAACAGCUCUGGCCUUAUGCAAAUACUCCCUGGCAGAAUGGAAUGCCACCGACGAGUCUGCCAAUCGAACUGAGUCCCUCUGUCAUCAUCAUGGCAACGGAGACAAUUGCACAGCUGGCACAAUAGAUACAGAGCAGUGGACCGGCCACUUUUCAAAAUGUCCCGAGGAGCUAACAACCUACUGCAUCCACGGGGAGUGUCGUUACGUUGAAGAACAGAAGGCACCGUCAUGCAGGUGUCAGCAGGGUUACAUUGGCUCAAGGUGUGAAUAUCUGGACCUAGACUGGCGGAUAGGAGAGAAACGACAAAUCAUAAUUGCCUGCAUCAUCGCAGGGCUCGUUUUCCUCAUUCUCGUCAUUGUAUUCAUCACCUUUUGUUCACAUUGCAGGUGCAGAUUAUGUUGGCGGAGGGGAAGACGGAGGGAAGAACCAAGGAACGGGACAGAGAAGCUCCCCAUGAUGGACACCAGCACGACACACACGACCUUAACGGCAGACUCCGCAGAGCCACCACAUACCAACACUGUAUGAGAAGUGUGCGCGACCACAAGUCUGGGAAUUGUUUAGACAAUGAGGGAUUUUGUCCUUCAUGUGACAGCUGCUGCCUUUUGUCUCACAGUGACGGCAGCGUGCCAUAGGAGGUCCCUCCUAUGUGCAGGACAGGACUGAAUCCUGCACAAUGGAGAAGGGACAUUUGUGGAUAAAGGCUGUGUUAGAUCCAGCUGGAGAACAGGAGUCUGCACCCUCCUCUUAAAUGGCAGCCUUGUCUGGAUAUUUGAUGAAGCUUCAGAACAAAAGAAGACGAUAAACACAAGUUGGAGGCGAGUGUUGAGCUGGACGUUUUUUUCCCGAUGCUGUGCAGCAACAGCCGCUUGUAGCUGCUGACUGCAUAGCGCUCAAUCAGUUGUUGCUAUGUCGAAAAAAGCUGUGGCACCAACUGGCAGCCGGCAAUAACAGGUGAUCAGAAUAUUCGUUUGCGUGGGAGACACUUCGACUGAAAAAAGAGAGGAAUGGGACUGUGUAAGGACACUCCACUGUCACAUACAUAGACCAUUUAAUGUAUAGAAAUGUGCAAUAUUACAAGUCCCAGCAGCUACAGAAUACUGUUUCAGUAUGCUGUAUCUAUGUGUCAUGUUGUUUCUACUUAGUUUAAUGCUAGUAAACUGGUAAACUAUUGAUCUAAAUCACAAACAUCAUUAUUUAUUCCUCUAUCCACAACGCCUCCAUGUGAACCCACACAGAAUAUUGUUACUCAUCAACAUUAGCAAUGCAAGCAGAGCCUUCCGUGUACUACAAGGUUGCAGUUCUGGACUCCCGGGUUGGAGGAGGACAAGGAGAACUUGUGCUGGAGGCUUUUUUGAACUGUAUAUUUGGAGCCGAGCAGCCUCCGAGCUACAGCAGCAGAACAGCCGAGCCUGUGUGUGUAGGCUCAACUGAGGUGAAAGUGCUCCACUGUAUGAGACACUUUCCAAACUGUCAGCCUUUCACAGGGUUGUUUUAACCGUGUAUAUGUACAGUAUGUGUAUCAAUUGCAUCUAAAUGUAGAAGGAAGAGGGCAGAGUCAGUGAAGUCUGCUCCCGCUAUCUAUAUGCCACCUAUCAAUAAAUAUGUUGACUGUA